CACAUUCCUAGCUUCACCAUCUACUUCCUCCCCCUUUUAACCCUCAUUUACUCUCUUCCGUUCCCAUAUUGACUAUUUAACUCCCCCUCACUUUUUCCUUUCCUCUCUCCGAAGAAAGUGACAGCAAUACAGGUCAGUUCAAUGAGAAAGUUUCACCUUUUCAGUUUUUUUUUUUCCAACCCCUUUACUGUUGUCGUUUUGCUGGAUGAGUUCAUGUAUGCUUCAUGGCUGCCAAUGGGAUCUAAACUCUGAAAUGCAUUUUUUGUGAAUCACGAAAAUGCAAAUCUUUACUAUUCUACAUGGGGUUUCUAUUUUAAUAUCUGGGUUCUUGUCUGCAUGUAUUAUCAUUUUCCCUUCAUAUAUAUAUCUAUAUAGAUUUAUUGGGUUUUUCUAUUUAGAUCUUGAUGUUGGUUUUUUCCUUUCCUGGUUAGGAUAGUUUUGUAGCUGUUUUCUGGGAUUUUGUUGCAGGGAAAAAAUUGAGGUGAUUGAA